UUCCAUGCCAGAUACACGUUUAUGUCAAAAUAACAGCUAACAGAACAGGUCAUUGUUUUAUGGCAUAAGUACAGUUAAAAUUUUGCCUAACUAGUUUUAUCAACCUAAUUAUGUGAAAAUAGUUUUUGUAAUAUAAAAAUGGCAUUUUUGUGCCCUGUGAGAAUACGAAGGGGGAAAAAGAAAAAAUCCUCUUCGGUGGAUUUAGAUAAAGAAAUUUCAAGAUCUAGCACUGGUCUUAGUCCUGGAAUGGGAAGAAUAACUGGUUCUGCAAGCAUUGAAACUUUAGUUAGGGUAGGAAUUGAAAAAGAACAUGGUCUUUCCCCCGAUAGUAAAAUGAUAGUUCUACAUGAUUUCACCCCAUGUGUAGAUGAUGAACUAGAAGUGAAAAGGGGGCAGAUUGUUAAUAUACUCUAUAGGGAAAAUGACUGGGUUUAUGUAAUUGGGAUGGAUUCUAGACAAGAAGGUUUUAUUCCAUAUUCCUACUGUACGCCCUAUAAUAGUGAUUUAGCUGACCAUUCUGUGAAAAAAAAAUUGCCAAGAGAAAGACAGCCUACUUCUGGUGAAAGCUCUGAUGCCAACCAUGACUGUGAUGUAGUAGGAAUUGAUACCAGUGAUUGUGAAUCAGUGGUAAAAAAACAGACUGCCAGUUCACCAAUUAGUUUGAACUCUGAACCAUUUUCUAAGGAUCCUUCAGGCCGCUAUAUUGUAUUAUAUACAUUUAUAGCUCGUGAUGAGAAUGAUGUAUCUGUUGAAAGAGGAGAAUUUGUCACAGUAUUAAAUAGAGAAGACCCUGAUUGGUAUUGGAUAGUCAGAAGUGAUGGUCAAGAAGGAUUCAUACCAUCAGGUUUUGUUUACCCAGCUGAUAAUGUGAUACAAGGCCAUCUCAACUCUGUAACCAGUCAAAAUCAAAGCUCAAAUUUCGCCACAGGCAGCAAUACUCAUCAUCAAAACCAAGGGGGUGAUGAUCUCAGAUAUCACGGAACUGAAUUAGUUAUGUUAUAUGAUUAUAAGGCGCAGGCGCCUGAUGACUUGACUGUAAGACGUGGAGACUGGAUAUAUGCAGACCUCAAUAAUCAGACUGUUGAUGGGUGGUUAUGGGCUUAUGCUCCAAAAACUCGUAAAUAUGGCUUUAUACCCAAAGCUUAUGCUAGGCCACCGGCUAUGACAAGUCUUUAAGAAACAUAUUUGUUUCAAAAAUAGCGUGAUAUUUGAUAUUUAACACAAAAAGAGAAUCAUUAAUACUUCCAUUGACUGAAGACUGUCUGAAAAAUCUGAAAUGCAAUGAUGGACUACUGAAAUGAAAAAUAAUAUUAAAUAUGCUGUAUUCCGUCCGUUAAGUUGCAGCUUUUUAUGAAAAUUAUUCUUAUUUUCAAACUGAGUAAUCUCUCUUGUAUCCAUGAGAAUUUAUUCGUAUUUAUUUAUAUUGAGAUCAGACAUUUAGUGAUAGUGACCUAUUCAGCUAGAAUAGGCUACAAAAUAACAGUACUACAUGUACAAAAAAAGUCUACGCUUGUUGUCUUUUUUUUUUUCAUUAAUUGAAGUCACUGAGAAGAGAUAUAUUAUCAGUGGUGUUUAUAGUCCACUGAACAUGGAAUCCGUCCUUGGCAUCAAAGCUGAAUGCAAAUAAUUUUAAUUUUCACUCUGUCUAUAUUGUGAAAAACAUAUCUUCUGAAUUCUUCAAUAGGUUGAAUUUUAUGGCUGUUCCAUUUGUACUGUUAAAUUGACAUCUAUACAAUGGAUUGCAUUUCAGGUAUUUCAGCUCUCCAAAUGUUGCUCAAGCUAUCUAGGGCUGUAAUUAAUUUGCCUUAAAAAUAAUUUCUUCUAUGGAACUGGAAUGAUUGCUUCACUUUUUCAAUUAAAAUUUUACAAUUGUAUAUUUUGCUGUUCUGUAUUUUGUUGUAUAUUAAUGAAUAUUUUUAUAUUCGACACUUUAUAUAUAAAUAUUUCUAUAUAAUCUUAAAUGCAGUGAUAAAUUCUAAGUGCCUAUUGACUAAUAUAAUUGAAAUAAAAAUCUUAUUUUUAUCAUGA